GGUUGUCACCUUCAGUUAGCUCGUGUCUCGUGCGUCGUACGGAUCUCGUCGUGCUGUUUGUCGCGCGCACUUCGCGGUCCCGCACACGUUUUCUCUCAUAUACAAAUUCUCGUGGACAAUAAAUAAAUUUGUAUCUCCCACGUCGUCGCGCGCGCUUUUUUUUUUUUUUCGCCGUGAUGCGUCUGUGACGGACGGUGACGAACGGGCCGAGGGUGUUUCGGACGGUUUCAGUGACCAGUGGCUCAGGUCAUUCCGCCGAUGGACGAUGACGAUUAACGUAGACAACAGCAACACCGCGUCGAUCACCACCGUGGACCGCGUGACGCAAAACAGUGUGCUCUGUGUGAUUUAGUGUGUAUAACUUCCGUGUUAUAUUUCAUACAUAUAUUAAAAAAAAAAAAAAAAAAAAAAAAAAGCAUUUGAUACACUCGUAUUUAUCGAAAGACGCGCGCAUAGUGGCUCUCUAUAAAGCGUCUAAAGCGCGUGUACUUGCACGGAUAACGCAUGCACACGCGCGCUCCGAUCGUAUUCUUGGAUUACACACACUUCUCAUCACGAAUCUCUUCGUGAUCGUCUCUCUGACCAGGGAAUAAUGCGACACUGCAGUUAUUUGAUAGGUGCGUGCGUAAACUUAAAUUCUUCUGGACGGGGGACGAUGCGCACGAAGUAUGACCUUCUCAAAUUAUUCAAGUGUCAUGAAUAAUUCCGGCGUGUUAUUACUACGUCGCGGAGAUUAUGAAAUAAAGAUCUGCCGCAAUUACGCCAAACACAGACUGUAUCGAUUGGCAGGAGUCCAUUCGUUCGUAGCGGGAAUCGAUUGCACGAGUGUACCUAUGAUCUUGACUUCGCGAAUGUGCGCCAGUAAGCCGCGCAGGGAUCCGAUCGUGGUGAAGGCCGCUUCUUCUUAGAGGGCCGGCGGCGGUGACGCGACAGCAUCAACAACGGCGACGAUCGGCGUCGGAGCGCAGCCGUUAUCAUCCGGCUAUCACAGCGCAGCGCCACCUCAGAACGGGAGGGGUGGUUCGCCACUUCGUGUCGCGGCGAUGGUAGCAGCUGCCUCCGCUACGGCCACCGCCACUGCCAGCGUGGUGGCCAUGCAGGACCGCCAGGACAUCCCCGCGCAGUUUAACCAAAUGCAGAGCCAACAUGGAAUGCCUCAUCAGACAUACAAUACGGGGUACGGAGGACCCCAAAGAGGACCAAUUCAUGGAAUCGGACCAGUCGGGAUGAACAACUUCAACGCUAUGGGAACGAUGAGCCCGAUAAACCCCAUGCACUCUAUGAACACUCUGAAUACCAUGAAUUCGAUGAACAGUAUGAGCUCAAUGAAUCCUAUGACAAUGGGAGGAAUGAACAGUAUGAACAGUAUGAAUGCUAUGAGCGGAAUGACGCCCAUGAACACCAUGAGCAACAUGAGUAACAUGACCAUGAACAACAUGAUGGGACCCAACAACAUGCAGAUGAACAAGAUGCAGCGUACGCGUUUGCCCUUCCAGGCUCAAACGCAUCAGGGCUAUCCGCGAAGACUGACGCCUUAUCCGAGUGCGACCAUGCAUUUGGCGCAGAAGCGACAGCAGUCUCCGUACGCUCAGAAUCCGGCGGCCAUGCAGCAGAAUUUCAACGGCAUGACAGCGUCGCAGUAUCAGACCAAUUAUCCCGCUGGCGCGAGACCGAACUUCCAACAGCAAUAUCAGCCCAUGCAGAAUAUGAAUCCCGCCGCGGCCGGUUUCGGACCCUUGAUCCGGGCAACAAACAUGAGGCCUCAAUCGGUGCCCGCUUACAACACCGCGUCUCAAGCCGCCACGAAUCACCAAUACGGCGGUUACGGUGGCACCAACGUUCCUGUCUGCAUGGUCCCCCCUACUCAGGUCAACAAUCAGUUCGUCAGUCAUCAGGCGAACACGGGAUACGGCGGCGGUAACUCGUCGUAUGGCGCGUCCGUUGUUACGACCAGUCAGUAUCAAACAGACGUGGCGUCAAUGAGAACGACGAAUAGCGGCAAUAUGAACUAUCAGCACAGUCCUAUUCCUGGCAAUCCGACGCCUCCGUUAACCCCCGCUACCAGCAUGCCGCCUUACAUCAGUCCGAAUCCGGACCCAAUUAAUCCACCUAACUUCAACGAAAUGAAAUCGCCUGUCAACAGUCAAAAUGAUGAAUUGAGACUAACAUUCCCUGUGAGAGACGGCAUUAUUCUUCCACCCUUCCGACUGGAGCACAAUCUGGCUGUUAGCAAUCACGUGUUUCAGCUGAAACCCACGAUACACCAAACGCUAACGUGCCGGCCGGAUCUGGAGCUGCAGCUCAAGUGUUUCCAUCACGAGGAUAGGCUAAUGAAUACGAAUUGGCCGAGCAGUGUGCAAGUUUCCGUUAACGCGACUCCCCUUGUGAUCGAUCGCGGAGAGAACAAAAAUUCUCACAAGCCUCUCUACUUGAAGGACGUCGCUCAAGCAGGAAGGAACACAAUACAGAUUACUGUGUCGGCCUGCUGUUGCUCGCACCUUUUCGUACUUCAAUUGGUUCAUCGACCGACCAUACGAAGCGUGCUGCACGGAUUGCUACGUAGAAGGCUGUUGCCGGCAGACCAAUGUAUACAAAAAAUCAAAAGAAACUUCAGUAAUACGAUGUCGAACAACGGCAUACAGGAGAAAGAAGUAGUAGAACAAACAGCACUAAAGGUGCGUAGAAGCUACGUAGAAGAUCUGAAGGUGUCAUUAAAAUGUCCUAUUACGUUUAAACGAAUUACACUGCCAGCUAGAGGAUAUGACUGCAAGCAUAUACAAUGUUUCGAUUUGGAAUCGUACUUGCAAUUGAAUAGCGAACGAGGCACCUGGAGAUGUCCAGUGUGCACAAAACCCGCACCUUUGCAAGAAGGCCUUGAAGUCGAUCAAUAUAUGUGGGGCAUUUUGAAUACGCCGACUACCACGGACGUCGAAGAGGUGACGAUAGACUCGGUCGCUAACUGGAAGAUCACAAAGGUCAUAACCAGCAUCAAGACUGAGGAAGAGAGCGAUUGCAAACGAACGGUCAAAGCCAUGUCGCCGGGUAGCAUGACUAUGCCAACUAUGAACUGGGAUAUGAAUCAGGCAAUGAGCCCUUACCUUCCUUCGCCUGAUAUGAACACUAUUAUGAGCGGCUCGAUGAUGAACAACUCGUCGUACGCGAAUAACAGCAUAAAUCAUCGGAACACAUCGGGCGGAACGUACGAGAUAAAUUCCGGAACGAAUACCAUCGGCAAUAACGAUUACACCAGCGGGGCGGGCCCGCUCUCGCAUUUAAAUGAUUCUGUCGAAAGGAUUGCCUUGGAUCCUCUCAACGCGAUGGAAAAAUCGCUCAAUGAUCAGAUGCCUCAUACGCCGCAUACACCGCACACUCCGCAAUCUACUCCUCAUACGCCAGCUGGUGGAGCUAGCGGUCCACCAAGCGUUCCGCCCGCCUCGCAGGAGUCCACGGGAAAUCACAAUACCUCCGGCAAUACGAAUACUACUAUAAAUAAUGAUACCACGACGGAUAUACCGUCCGACUUAAAUUUCGAUCCCGCUGCAGUCAUAGACGGGGAGAGCACCGGUCAGGAAGCGCUAAAUCUCUUGCCGGACAAUGUGGACGCGAUGGAACUCCUCUCUUAUCUCGAUCCACCGGACCUAAACACUCCGCCUAGCAGUGGUGCCAGCAGCGGUAAUCCUUCCUCCAAUGACGAUAUAUUGGCAUUCUUUGAAUAAGAAAAAAAGAAAGAAAGAGAGAGGAGGUUAGCGGAUACACAUCGAGUGGGUAUUUUAUAAAAAAAAAAAAAAAUAAUCAAACCGUAUCGACCCCGUGUAAUAGUGUUGUAAACGAGAUUCCAAAAACAUUAUGCACUUUCUCGCGCAAAUUUCUCAGGGCUUGGUGGGCUCAAAUGUAUUGCGCAAAAAUAUCCGAUUUCCGAAUCUUACGUAAGAAUAUGAGUGUCACAUCACGUACUUGUGAGCGUUAUUUAACAUAACGUGUGUGUUGGUGAAGAUUUUAUGAGAUGUCUCUGCGGGUGCUCUCACCUAAUCAAUGGUACAAAUAAUUUUAAUUGUAUUCCUAUUGAAAGGUUAGAACGAGGCUAGGAUUAAUGAAAUGAUUUUUAAACGAUACUGUGCGGCACGCAUGCCGUACUGCUAUUGGCAAAGUAAAGAUUUUAUUGCACGAACAAUAAUGUUAAUGCGGCAAUGACAGGUUAUAUAUAAUAGUAUACAUAUUAUAUAUAAAAUUAUAUAUAGUGAUAUAUAUAUAUAUAAUUUAUAUA